AUGGCGGAAAUGAGAAAAUCCGCGAACUAUGCCCCUAUCAUCGGCAGCCGACACACUACCGUUAUCUCUCGGAGUACAGCCGAGGGCCUGGCCGCUGCACCCCAAAACCGCCAGUCCUUCCGCCAGUCCGUGACCGGCUCAGGUACCAUUCCGCUUCAAUCCGGUGUCAUCGCCAAUGUCGCAGGGAAAGGAGUGAAUACCAUGAAGGAAUCUCGAGAAAAGGAAAAGAAAGAUUUACAAGGACUGAACGAGAGAUUUGCUUCUUACAUCGAGAGAGUGCGGUUUUUGGAGGCACAAAACAAGGCAUUGGUGAACGAAUUAGAUACCGUGAAGAACAGCGAAGAGUACAACCCCGCUAAGAUCAAGGACAUGUUUGAGGUGGAACUGGAACAAGCCAGGGUUGUCAUCAAUGAACUGUCCAAACAGAAAGCUGAGUUCGACGUGAAAAUGGUCGGCAUGGAAGACCGUCUUACAUUUGAAAAGAAAGAAACGGAUCUACAAGCUAAACUGGCAGAUGACUUCAGGCAGAAAUACGAAAAAGUUUUGAACCAGUUAGGACAAACUGAAGGGGAACUGGCGGCAGCAAGAGACCGAUGCGCUAGCUAUGAGGACGAGUUAGCGAUCUUGAGAGGCAACCUGAAGAGGAUACAAGACGAUAACAACCGUCUGCGAGCCGACUUAGACAACGAGACCACCGAGCAUAUCAACAUGUCAAACAAGUGCCAAUCUCUGGAGGAGGAACUGGCCUUCGUCACGUCUGUCUACGAGCAGGAGAUCCGUGACCUGCAAGUCCUCGCUAACCGAGACAACAGUGAUGAGAUGAGAGACUUCUGGAAGGGAGAACUGUCAAAGGCCAUCCGUGAAAUCCAGACUGAGUAUGACAACCGUCUGGAUCAGGUACGCGUGGAAAUGGAGUCCAAAUAUAACAACCAGAUCAGAGAGAUUAAGGUCGGCCAGUGCAACUCCGCCCCGCCACAAGAAGCUGGAUUCGCCAAGGAGGAGGCUAAGAGGUGGAAGAACAAGAUGAUUGAGCAGAAUUCUCAGAUUUCCGAACUACAAGCCCGCAAUGCUUUCUUAGAAUCGCGCGUGAAGUCCCUGAGCCGGGAUAUGGAGGACCGGGAGCAGAUGUUCGAACACGAAAAGGCGAGAAUGACAUCAGACAUGUUGAAACUCCAGGCGGAGUUGGAGACGGUGCUGCAGGAGUUACAGGCCCUGAUGGACGCCAAGUUGACCCUGGAACUGGAGAUCAGCGCCUACAGGAAGAUGCUGGAGGUAGAGGAAGGCAGAAUCAAGGAGCCUGAAGCCAAGGGCAAGUGUAUGGCUGAUGAAGACAUGACGGACGACAGGAUAUACCCCACCAAGAGAUCAGUGGAGAACGCCGAGCACAAGGGCAGAGUCACAAUCCACAGAUCCUCAAAGGGUGUUGUGGCCUUCACGGAAACCUCUCCGGACGGGCGCUAUGUAACCCUGGAGAACACAAGUGUUGGAUCCAAAGGGAAGACCCAAACCCUGGACGGAUGGAAGAUCAGGAGAGUUCUAGCUGACAGCAACUACGUCGAGUACGUCUUCGGUGAGUUUGAACUGCCACCUGGCGAGAGCGUGAAGAUCAUGUGCGCAGGCGCGGAAAUCGCAAAAUCUGGCAAAUGUCUGGUGGCCAACUUCUUCACCUGGGGCACCGGAAGCAGCACCACUUACCUUUAUGAUGACGAUGGGGCGGAAAAGGCUUCCAUUGUACAGAAGUUUGUCAUUUAA